UAGUAUUGUAUCAAAUACCACCGUGUAAGGUGUUUCUCGCGAUCAAAUUUACGCAGAGAAAUCUUUUUCGAGAAAUUUCCUAGAAAAAUAAAGAGAAUUCAACAACUAAUCACGGUCAAUUAAACAUGAGGACUCUCUGUACUAUCAUCCUUUGUCUUGUCGCUGUGAUAGUUGCGGUAUAUGCCAAGCCCAUGAUUUACAAGAAGAAUGACGAUAACGUCUUCGAGCCAGUAAUGAUACCCAUAUCAUCUACGGUAAUUCCAAUACCCGUGUACAAGGUAGGCUAUGGCUUAGGUUUCAUAUCAAAAGAUAAGAAGGCCCAAUUGUCAUUCAAACCGGAAGAUGACAUAAAACUGAUAACCAUUAAGAAAAUCCAGGAGAAGAAGACAUAAGAGAUACACUGCAGUCAAGCAUAAAUGGAGACGAAUAUAUAUAUUGUAUUUAAAUCACUAUAGUAAAUACUUUAUUCGCUAUACAAAACCAUAAAAAAUGAGAUUUUUUUGCAGUAAAACUCGUACUAUUUUUUUUUUUUUUUUCGAUUCAUGAUUUGUAAACUUAUUCAGCAACAAAGCAAACCUGAAUCUGAUAAUAGAUAAAAUAUUUAAACAAUGAAAAUAAAAUAUAGUUUCAUAUUAUAUUAUGGCUGCGUUCCCACAUUCAGUAUUGAAAAUCUAUAGUGUAUGUGAUAUAAACUAUAAAUUUUCAGAAUUGAUAGUGAAUAUGGAAAUGCAGAUAUAAGCUAUAUCUAGCCUAUAUCUACUAAUACGGUUAAGAGAAAAACUCGACACCAAAAAUAUAAUAUACCUCCUCUACAAAUGUUACAAUUAUUAAUGAUACUUUUAUUA